UUACUGCCUCUCCCAAUGAGAAAGAAGCUCCUUCUUCAUUUACCAGCAGUUGACGUGUGCCAAUUGGAAGGCACACCAGUCACGUCUGGUAUAGCAAUGAAUGAGAUAUGGGAGAGACUAUGCAAGGAGAGGUCUCCUGUUAACGAGGAUGAUGUACCGCCAGUAGCGGCAUGGUCCUACGAGUCGGCGAGAUACGAGCCUUUUGACUUUAGUCAGAUUACACCAGGAGUUUUAUCAAAAAACUUUGGCAUAGACUGUUGCUGGAAGGACAUCUAUUUCAACACCUUUUUAAAGCUGCUUGUAGAGCAUGGAGAGCGUACUUGUGAAGAUUGUGUGUAUUCUCAUUUCAAUUCUGAUCUCUUGUUUGGCAUUUAUCGAUUUAACGAGACCAUGGAACUAUUCGAUUCAUUCAAUUUUAGCAUUUAUAGCUCUCACAAUGUUUAUCGUGCUGCUCUAAUGUGCCCACGAUUCACUCCCCAGCGUUAUAUUGAGGAGUAUUAUGAUAAUUCAAAGCGUGUUGUCCGUGACAUUGGGAAGGUAAUGAAGCUACUAGCAGACAGUUGUCACUAUUUACCAAAGCAUAUUUCUAUCUCUUUGGAGCAGUUAAAUUUCUGGGAAACUAUUGAGAAAAAGUAUCUCCACAAAGAAACCUCUCUCUUCCUAAGUUCUCUUGAAGCUCUUAAUGUGGAGUAUUUGCACAUUGUCUCGGAUAGUUACCGUAAUGCGAAAUUGGAGUUCAUUGCCAAUUUAAUCUUUAAUAAGAUUAAACCACAUAUUCAAGUAUUGGGCGUGUUUCAUCGUUUUGACGUUAUCUAUCCUUACAUAGCAAAAUCUAAGGAGUGCCAGCUAAGGAAGUUUACUGUAAUGUGUGAUGCCCCUACAGUUGAUGUUGUUUCUAAAGUCUUGCAGAAGUUUAAGGAACUGGAGGAUGUUGACAUACUCAUACACAACUGGCCCUUGGAGCCUAGUGCUGCAGAUACCUCGAAAUUCACUUCCUUUGUCGGUUCUAUGAAUGAGUUGUUCUACUAUCCAAAAAUGAAAGAGCUCUCCUUCAGUACUAGCACCCCUGUUUGCACAAGUGGUGACAUUCAAGCUAUUUUCUAUCAUUUUUUUGUAUCACCAUAUCCUGUGUCACUCUCGUUGAGUCUGGACUGUUCUGUGUUUUCUGAUCAGCCUCAGCCACAGAAUAUCGAGUAUGACAUGAAUCAAAUGAGCACUAAAUCUCUGACUGUUCAUGACAGCUCACUAACGUCUGAUUUGGUAUCUCUUCUGCCAUCUAACCUAAGCCUGAGGUCGUUAAAGCUAUCUCAAAAUGAAACCAGCACUCUGCACUGUUUCUCUAAUCUCAAGUCUAUCAAGAUCAGCGAUACAUUUACUCUUGCACUCACCAAACCAGACAUGGAUCUGUUGUCUCAAUUUCUUUGUAUUGUCACUGCAAAGGACUGGGAGUUGGAUAUACGAAGUAUAGAUGCAGCUGAAGUCAUUCUCAAUUUCACAAGUUUAGUUUCAAGCAUUGAAGGUCGUCUUAAGAAAUUAUAUAUCGAAUAUAAUCGAGUUGAAUCCUCUAUCUUCACACUUUUUGAUUAUAUUUUCUAUUCUAUCUCUGCUACCAGUCCACCGUAUUUUGAACUUGGCCUGUUUGUUAAUGAGUCUUAUUAUGAUGAUGAAGCUGCUCGGGUUGAUCAUUAUAUGAGCAUUUAUGAGUCAUGGAAGAAAACUGGAGCUCCCAAACUGAAGUCGAUAGAGAUAAGCAGUCGUUGCCCAAUAGAUGCUGUGAAAGUCAUUAUGACUGAUAUGACCAUUGAGUUAAAAUUUUAUAGUUGAUAGUCAUUUUGUAUUAGGAUUUCAUUUUUCGAGUCAUUAUUAGUCAAUUAUUAUUCAUUAAUUUCCAUUUUAUUUGGCAU